ACAAGAUUGGACUUGAAAGAAAGAACUCUCACUCUAUUGCUGGGAGAAGAAAAUGGCAACAGCAAGCACAAUCUUCAGCUUCAAAAUCGCACCAAAUCCAAGUCCAGUUUCAUCCUUUAAAGAGAAAACCAUGAUAAUGAACCCAUCUCUUUCAUGGGAUAGUGCUAAAACUAAGGUUAGAAGAAGCCGUUUCCCUUACUUCACCUUAAACUAUAUUGAAAGACAAAGACUUGAAAACAGUUGCAGCUGUUGCUCAGUCUUGGCUUGUCUCCCUUCUUCAGCUUCUUCUCCUUCCUCUUUUGGUUUGAACUUCAGAAAAACCAAGCUUUAUGUCAGUGGGUUAUCCUUUCGUACUACAGAAGAGAGUUUGCGAAAUGCUUUCCAGAAUUUUGGCCAACUUGUAGAUGUCAAUUUGGUAAUGGAUAAAGUAGCUAAAAGACCGAGAGGCUUUGCCUUCCUUCGUUACGAGACUGAGGAGGAAGCUCAAAAAGCUAUUGAGGGAAUGCAUGGCAAGUUUCUAGAUGGCAGGGUAAUAUUUGUGGAAGUUGCAAAACCCAGAUCAGAGCUUCGCCAAAGCCACAACUAUGGCCAAAGAUAGUUGCGAAGAGCUAGUCACGACAUGCUAUUAUGGGAGUUAUCAUCAAACACAAUUGAGAUUGAGCUGUAGCAGCUCAUCAAAAUUUUUAUUUGUGGAUAACACAAUUGAGAUGGAGCUGUAGCAACUCAUUAAAAAUUUUAUUUGUGGAUAACAGGAAGAAAGAAACAUCUGUUAUCUUGAAAUGUUCAAUGGAUUGUAUAAAAUUGUGAAUCUACCUUUGUUAGGAUCUCAAAAAAAAUUGUCUUUCCGAUUGAAUUCAACUCUUAUUAUGAUUAUUAUUAUUAUUUAUCACCCAA